AUGCUUCCCAACGACGAACGUGUCGACAUACAAACCUCUUGCCCACCCCUAACUUACAACUACACGGAAAGGUACAACCCUCGCACCGGAUCAUUCGUGUUCGGGUACCCGUCCACCGGCGGUGUUCUGAUCCGCGGACUUGGACCCGUCGAGCUGGUCCAUCUCGGACUCGACCGGUUCAAGGACGCAACACGAUCGCCGGACGCCGACGAGGAAGACGAGUUUUGCACGCGGCUUUGGCGACUUGGGGCUCAGUGGUGGGCAUCCAGGGGUGAGAUGGAGGAGGCAUUGCUUAGGCAGGAUAGUGGUGGUGCUCCCCAAAAGAAGUUGGCCUGGACAGUCGAAACGGGCUGGCCGAGCUCGGGACAGGGAGUUUGGGUUCUUGAGUACGACGUCGAGGAUCGAGCUCAUUACGAACUGAGGGUGGGAGCGUCACUGCUCAACAAUUGCCUUGAUAUGGACGAGAGGUGUAAGGUCAUUGAGAAUCUCGGAGGAACUUUCUAUUCUAACCCAGAUGACUGUGAGGCUCUGCGCCCUCUCUCUCCGGAGGAGAGAACUUUGGGAUAA